CUGUUGUGUAUUAUCUAUAUGUAUGGUUGUUUUCAUGGUGUUGUGAGAGAGAAACAUGGAAAUGGCCGAUGAGUUGCAGGAGGAGAGACGUGAUGUGCGAAGAUGGGGCGAUUAUGGUCGUGAGGUAAAGAAGAUGGGUCGAAUCGCCGUACCCAUGGUGGUUGUGGCGGCGUUGCAGUAUUUGAUGCAAAUGGUGGCGGUGAUAAUGGUGGGACAUGUUGAUCAACUAUCUUUGUCUAGUCUAGCCAUUGCCACCUCUCUAACCAAUGUCACUGGUUUUAGUCUUCUUUCAGGACUUGUGGGAGGGUUGGAGACGCUGUGUGGACAAGCUUUUGGAGCCAAACAACACGACAAAAUCGGGGUCUACACAUGCAGUGCCAUAAUCUCGUUGCUAUUGGUUUGCAUCCCGAUCUCCAUCUCUUGGAUUUUCCUAGACAAGUUCCUUAUUCUCAUCCACCAAGACCCUCAAAUCUCCCAUGAAGCCCGAAAAUACUCCAUCUACCUCAUUCCAGCUUUAUUUUUUGGUGCCAUUGUUAAACCUCUUGUUAGAUCGCUACAAACUCAGAGCUUAACUUUGCCAUUGUUGGUGAGCUCAGCACUCGUUUUAUGUUUCCAUGUCCCUCUUUGUUGGGCUCUGGUGUUUAAGUCAAAGAUGGGAGGCGUUGGUGCUGCUGUGGCAUUUAGCGUGUCGAAUUUGUUUUAUUUGAUAUUGAUUGUGUUUUAUCUCAAAUUCUCAUCGAUGUGUAAGAAUACAAGUGUAACUAUCUCUAUGGAUGCUGUUCUUGGUAUCAAGGAAUUCUUCCGGUUUGCUAUCCCUUCGGCCGUUAUGAUAUGUCUCAAAUGGUGGUCACUGGAAAUUCUCAUCUUGCUCUCCGGUUUGCUACCGAAUGCAAAGCUCGAAACAUCGGUUCUUUCCAUAUGCCUAACGAUCUCCACAUUACACUUCACUAUACCCUAUGGAUUUGGAGCAGCCGCAAGCACUCGGGUUUCAAAUGAGUUAGGGGCUGGGAACCCUCAAGCAGCCAAGCUAGCUGUUCACACAGUGAUGUUUGUAAUUGUCAUUGAAGCUAUAAUAGUAAGUGCGACUGUUUUUGGUUGUCGUCAUUACAUUGGAAAAGCUUUCAGCAAUGAAACCGAAGUAGUGAGUUAUGUUGCAUCAAUGAGUCCUUUUAUAUCCCUUUCCAUAAUCACAGAUAGCCUACAAGCAACGAUUUCUGGAAUCGCUAGGGGGAGUGGGUGGCAACAUAUAGGAGCUUAUGUGAAUCUAGGGGCAUUUUAUUUGUUUGGGGUCCCAUCCGGAAUUGUUCUUGGGUUUCCUGUACAUUUAAGAGCUAAGGGACUUUGGAUUGGAAUAGUGAUUGGAUCGAUAAUACAGUCGACGUGUCUGUCUCUUGUAACUGGACUCACAGAUUGGCAAAAACAGGCAAUUAAGGCGAAGGAACGAAUUUCGAAAGUGUCAUCUAUUGUAGACGAUGAUAUAGAGAUAAGAGAAUGAGUACCCAUAGAAGAGCAUGUUGUUUUGUAAUCAGUUUUAUAAUAGUGGCCAAUAG